AUGCCCAACCCGUCUAGACUUGAGCGGCGGAAGCUCCGGAGAGGCACCACGAGCUGCUGGGAAUGCAAGCGCAGGAAGACAAAAUGCCAUUUCGAGCAGGGCAAAUCGACCGCCUGCGAGUCCUGUCAGCGUCGAGGAUGCAAAUGUGUUCUGCAGGAUGUUGAGCAGAAGGACUUGGUAGACCAGACAGCUCGAAAUCGGAAUCUCAGAGCGCAGAUGGACCAUCUGGAAACUGUGGUUGAUCAACUUGUCCAUUUGCCAGCCAGGCCCAGCGCUCAAGGCGGAAAUUCCGAGGCAAGGGUGGAAGAAACAACCGCUGCUCUCGAGAAAGGAAACGAUAAUACUUUGAGAAAAGUGUCAAGGCAGCAGACUGGUCGACAACUUCCACCGUCCACUUCUAGGCGCAGACUCCUCCCCAAGCUGGACAAAGCAUCCGCAAAAGACUCUCAUGCUCCAGCCAACGACAGCCUCAAUACAAUGAACCAGUCUCUUCAGCCUCUAUCCUCCCGGCAGCCACCGAUAGACCUGGCUCGAAGUCUUUUCCAACUGGCCAUCUGCCUCCAGCAGUCUGAUCGCUUCCCCGAAAUUUCCAAACUGUGGCUUGAUCAUUCGAAUUGCGAUGCAGCAGACCAAUAUUUCGAAGCCGCCUCUCGCUAUGUCACCUCUCAAGACUCUCUUGUCGUCUCGUACGAGGGAAUAGAGACGUUGAUGCUCGAGGGUCUCUAUCACGUUUCCUGCGGCAGGCUGCAGCUUGCGUGGCUUGUAUUUCGCCGAGCGCUUGGAAUUGCUCAUCUUGUGGGCUUACACAUACCGCAACGGCGGCGGCAGGGCAAGCAGCAAGGAUCCACCAGUGGUUCGUCACCAAUGUGUCCGGCGACGUUAUGGUUCCGCCUCGUUUUCAUGGAUCGUUACUUGUCUCUGGUGCUUGACCUUCCCAUGUCUGUCCAAGAUGACAGCUUCAUGGACGAUUUGGUAGAUCUGGCGCCGCUUGAGAAGCUUGAGAGAGCUCAAGCAAAGUUGACGAGCCGUAUUAUUUUCAGAAAUGAACAGUUGCGACUUGGGCAAAGAGGAGGGGACCCCGCCUAUGACCAUUACAAAGAGACAAAAGACAUUGACUAUUUGCUAUCACAAGCCACGCGGUCUCUGCCUGCUCAGUGGUGGGUUUUCCCACGACCGCAAGAUGCUCGAUCGGCCGACGAGCUGAGAGAUAUGGUUGCAAAGAUUGUGCAUCAAUUACAUCACUAUAAUUUUGUCUUAUUGCUCCAUAUACCUUACAUCUUACCUGGAGCUGAUGGUCGCCGUUCCAAUGAUGCCGCGCACGACUACUCCAAUUCCAAGAUUGCAGCCAUGACUGCCGCCCGAGAAUUACUCUCCAGAUCCAUUGUUCCGAUCGGAUCUAAUCGGGUGUCCUUUUCGACCAGGGGAAUCGUACUUAAAGUUCUCCUUUCUGCUUUGACGCUGCUCGCGGUACACCUGGAUAGCCAUCGGUUGGGCCGUGAAAACGCUCUUGGCCAUCAGCGUCCAGGGGAUUUAAUAACGGCUGAGCGUGCCAUUCAGAGCCUGGAAACUAUGGGCCAAAAAUACGACGACAAGUUGUGUAGUUCCGCAGCACGAGCGCUAAGGAGAAUGAGUGCCAUUGAAGCAACUGCAGCAGGUGGCGUCAGUUAUAGAACAUGGAGCGAACCCAGCGAUAUGGUGUGUACGGAGUGUAUUGUGCAAGAAGAGGCAAACGCCGUCCAGAUGUCAUUUCCUCAUGUGGGAAUAAUCAACAUAUUGCGCCAAGAGCCCCAAGACUCUAUUCAAACAACGAGCAAUGGACUGCGCACAUUACUGGAGACAGACAAUCUGGAUGGCGGCCUCUUGACUCCGUCUUGGGCCUGGAGCGAUUCUCCGCUGUCUUCAUGGCCCGAGCAAACUUUGGCAGAUUCCAAUGUGGACGACGUGGAAGAUUUGCCCAUUGGCACAGAAUUGAUUUACCAUGGCAUUCAGGAAGCGUGGGCCUUGAAUAAAAGCGACGUCGAGGCUAUCAACGCACCGCCAACGGAGCUAAAUUUACAAAACUAUGAAGGUCAAGGGUGGAAUUCGAAUGAUCAGCGCCCGUUAUUACUAGAAGAGACGUUUAAUGCCACAACGUUUGGAUCUUGA